AUGAGCAUCGCUCAUGAGGCAGAGGCACGAGGGAUUCCCAUAACGGAUGAUCUCUUCGCAGGGGUGAUGGACUUCAGUGAGGCAGAGAGCAGUGGAUUCACCCGAGGCUUCAUUGUCUUCUGGAUGGCUCAACCUGAUAAUACACGAAAUCGGCAGGAGCUUCAGGUGGCUGCAGAGCAUCUCCUGAAAGGAUGUAGAGAACAUUACUGUGCUGGUGUUACACGUGUCAGCCGUAUCUCUGGUGUCAUUUCACCUGCAAUGGCGGACGUGUUUAUCACACGUGCAUUGGGCCUCUUAAUGCUUCCGACCUCAGCAGAAUUCACUUCACAGGCUUUGCUCCUGGUACGCGAUUUCCCUAAGCUUGCUUCCUGGAUGGAAUGGUGGACACAGCCAGCUCAUGUGUCUAUGCUCUUCGAGUCUGAGAGAAAAAUGGAUAUUGAUCUUUGGGAUUCUCUGCCAGCUGACAAUAACACAGAGGAAGCGAUGCAUUGGAAGCUUUACAGUGCCUGCGGCCGUGAUCAUGAAUUUUUAGAAGGGAUGUACUCCCCUUACAUGCUGUUGCUGUAUAUUAUGAACGCCUUCAUGACGGAGCAACUCAUGAAUAAAUCGAUAGAAGGGAAGCCAAUCUGCUAUGGCAAAGCAGAGAGAUGGAAGAUUGUCAAGGAGAAUAUUGGUCAAACAAAACCCACAUGCUCCGGAAAACCUGCAGAUAAAAAGCGCAAAAAGAAUGAUGGACGCCUGCCAGACACAAACAAGGAACUCUUGGGCACAAAUGUGAAGCAAAAGCAAUUGACAUUGAAAAGCUUCACAAAAAAGGAACCAGAGCCAAAGAAACCAAAGCCAAAGAAACCAGACCCAAAGAUAGCAGAGUCUCCUGCUACCAGUCCUGCUGUUCAAGACCUGCCGAGCUAUCCCUGGUUCAAGAAUUCUUGCUGGCUCAACUCUUCAUUGCAACUUCUCUAUACCACCAUGUGCAGUUCAGUCAAUGAAUUCAAGACUAUUUAUAAUUCACUUCCAGAAAACUCUGCAAUACGCCCAGUAUUUUCUCAUUUGUUGGAGCAGUACGAUCUUGACAAGGCUGAAAAGACUACAUCAACAUUCCUCCAUUGUCAACAGGACUCUCUAUGUACCCACCUGAAGAAAAAGAAGGUUAUUGAGACUGUUAGUGGAUUUGAAUCACUUUUUGCCUGGUUUGCAGAGCUGGUCAAACUGGAGGAAGUGCAUUCAUCCUAUCGUCCAGUUUCCGCUUUCAAAACACUCUUCAUCAAGAUUCACUACUGCACAGGAUCAUCCAGUAUUGGUGGUCCUCAUCUAACACCACAUGACUUCGAACAGUUUCAGGGAGAUUUUGCCCUGUAUUUUGCGGAUUGGGUCUCCCUAAACAAAGAGCAAGUUCCAGCAACUAGGUGCUGGCGCGUCAAGGAGACUGUACCUCUUUGUCUGGGUGCCAGAGAAGAUAUUUGUUAUCUGCUUACUUCUCUCCCACUUCUUUUCACUAUUGAAGUUGGUGACGAGCAUCCAUCUGAGACCAUGCCUCAGGAAUGGGAUUUUCCUUCGACGCUGCUUCCUCAUACCCAAUCUGCGGCAAAUUCUCAUGGACUUGUUUAUGAUCUCAUGGGACUAGCUUUGACCAACGAAGAUGGCAAUCAUUUUAUUGCUCGGUAUGCCUCAGACAACAAGAAGGUCAUCUAUACGUAUGAUGAUUUGAUGAAUAAUGGUCACCCAAUCAGAGACAAACCUGCCAGCUUUGAUACUCAUGUGGCCGGAAAGCAUGUUGACCUACCUCAAAAUUUUGUGGUCUAUCAGGCUUUUUAUUUGCUUCGUGGAGGAGCUGUUGCACAGGAUUUAUUCUUUCAAGUUCGAACAGCUGCCCUCGCCAAGAAAUUCAAUUUGCGAUUCUCAACAAAUAAUCUUGACAGGCUCUUUUCGACGACCUACCACUUGGACCAAUUUGUUGAGCUCGAGAGCAACAAGCGCACCUGGCUUUUGAACCCUUUGAGAUCACGGACCCUCGAGUAUGUUUCUCGUGAUGCACCAGCUGACAUUACUGAGGAAUCUCUGUCUCCAGAGCCUGAGGAAGACCUCGAUAUUCUCCACUAUGAAUGGUACUUAAAUUUGUUCAUUAGAGCGGGGAGAGGCGCGCUAGCGAGACAUGAGCAGUUUUGGUAUCCGGUGCACCUCAUUCAGGCAGUGCAACACGGUUGGAGGGUGCAUUGGUGGAGGGAAAAUCAAUUUCUUGACAAGGAUGAGCCUGCAGCUGGUGGAUUUUCUGUUGUGAAUACCAAGGACAUCGUCGAUUCAUUGUGGAACGACCGAUUGGCAAGACGAGCAAUACAGCUCGGAAAAUGGAAACAUGCCCAGGACAUCGAAACCUCAGAAGACAUUCUCGCGGAUCCAUCUAAAAUACCAUACAGCGAGGAGAUCAACAAAAUCCUCUCACCAUUCAAAAAGCUUCUGAAGAAAUUACUCACAUGCUACAGUCCAGAUGACCUAAAGAGUGAAAUCAUCCCAGCAAGAGAUUGGUUAGAAAACAGCAAAAAGCCUCUUCAAACAAGCUUGGUUCCGUAUUGCGGAGCUCUUUCUAUUGUCAAGAGAGCCCAGAUCACAAAUUGGUUUCUGUGUCACAUCAGCAAAAAUGCAGAGACCUGGCUUGGGCACUUACCACUAGCUCAUGCAUUCACCCUUUACACUGCAGAACAUAUCAAAAAUGAACCCAAGUUGAAGGUACUCACACAGCCAGAAAUCAUCAACAAGGCUUGGAGGAUCCAAUUUACAAGUAUCCCUUCAGUCUUGUUCGACAUUGAUGUUGAAUGCGAGGCCUUGGAGAAUCUGGAGACAGAGAUGUUUGAGGUUUCAAGAGCUGCGGGGAUCACGAGUUAUUAUCAAUGGGGCUUGGAUGCAGGACAUCACCAAGAUUGGGAUCCGUAUGAAAGGAUGGAAGACUUGAAUCACCAGGAUUGUCCUGGAGAUGAUGAUGAUCUUCAGUUUGGACCUGAUUACAUUCACCGCGAAGAGAAAAUACAACUGACAGAAAAGAACUCGCGUCCCAAACCAUGCCCCAGGAUGAUCAAGAAGACCAAAUAG